AUGCCCGUGCUGGCGCCCCCGGCUGAGCUCAGCCAAGACAGUCGCGUGGGGGCCCCGGCAUGGCGCGAGGCGGCACAGGCCACGAUGCGCCGAGCGCACCACGUGACCGAUCGCUGCGGGCAGGAGGUGGUGACCAUGUGGCAGCCCAAGGCCAGCGUGCGGGACCCGCACGUGGCGCGCCACCUGUGCCGCGCCGCCUACAUCCUGCCCUGGCGCUUCCGCGUGGAGAUGCUGAAAGGCGGCAGCACCGUGGAGAAGCCGCCCCCUGGCGACGGCGUCACGCUGUGGAAGGGCAAGAUGAAGCCGCCCGCCUGGCACGCGCGCCUGCCGCUGCCCCUGCACCGCGACGCGCGCGCCCUGCAGACGGCCGAGGUGGUGCACGCGCACGCGCGCGGGGCGCGCCUCACCGCCGCCCGCCUGGGCCGUGCGCAGCACCAAGUGAACGCGCGGCUGCGCCAGCUGCAGCGCCAACGCGAGGCCACCGACCGCAGGCUCAGCCAGGUGCGCAAGGGCCUGCUGGUCAACCAGCAGAGCGUCAAGCUGCGAGGCUACCGGCCCAAGUCAGAGAAGGUCCCCGACAAAGCUGACAGUGUGCUCACCUGGGAGAAAGAGGAGCUAAAGAGUAUGAAGCGGAAGCUGGAGAAAGACAUGGAGCAGUCAGAGACCCUGCUCAAGGCUCUGGCCUCCUGCCGCGACAACCUGGGCUUCUGCUGUAAGGAGAGGCUGCAAGUCGUGGACCUCAUGAACCAGCCGCUGGACAAGGUUCUGGAGCAAGCAGGCCGCCACUCCUGGGUGAACCUCUCCAGGCCCCCAACCCCUCGCCCUCAAGGCCAGAAAACACACCACCUCCGGACCCUGUGGGGCACCUACACCCCAGAGUGCGCCGCGGCGCUGUAUGAAGCCAAGCAGCUGCUGAUGGAGUCCAAGGACACCCUGGUGGAAAUGGCCAAAAACGAGGCGGACGUUGGCGAGCGCCAGCACCAGGAUGAGCGGACCGCGUGUGCGCCUCGCUUGGCGCAGAAGAUGCGCGAGACUUUGGAGCUGAAGGAAAGGAUGAAUAUGAGCUUAGGGCUGAUGAGGGGAACGAUCCACCGGUGCACGAAAUUCAGCGAAGAGAUGAACAUUACCCGUGGACUCAUCAAGGGUCCGCUGUCGGAAACCGACCUGGAGACUCGCGAGAAGCUGGACCGACCCCUGGUCCGAGUGUACCAGAGACACGUGGGCACCCAGCUGCCUGAGGCCACGCGCCUUGCCCAGGGCACGGACAAGCUGCAGCGCCACAUCGCACACGUGGAAAAAAACCUCGACAAGCUGCUCACCACGCACCAGCACCUCACCCAGAGCCUCAACUCCAAGAAGAUCGGGCAGGACGUGGACGCCAACGUGGUGCGCCUGCGCCUGCGCCAGAGACACUCGCACAUCCACUAUGAGCAGGCGCAGCGCUUGGUCAACGACUGGGACCCCGCGCACGCCGCCGCGCCACGACACCUGCGCCGACCCCAAGUGACCAGCGUGCCCGCGACCCCCACCCGCCGCAGCCCCGCUAGCCUGGCAUGCGUGCGCACAUACACGCGGCGCGGGACCCCGGGAAAGGAAACUCACAGCCAGCCCACGGCCCCCCACUCCCCUCGCCUCACCUUCCCUCCCAGAGCCUUCUAG